AUGAAAAAAGAAAAGGACAAGAGCUUCCUUCGGAUUUCUACAUUCCGGGGACUGUUCUUUGUAAGGAAAGUUGUGACAGGACGGCAAGGGGUCUUCAAAUAUGUUCUUCUUUGGACCAAAAUAUCUGUACGGUGUAUUGUUAGAGCUCCUCCUGCCAGUCCCGAAAAAACCAGGGAAAUUUUUUCCAAGUUAUUGAGAUGGUGGAAAAUAGUCAGCGCAACUCAUACUACCUGUGCUAUCAUUCAAGAGGCCGGGGGCGGGGGGAUAGCUGCAUAUCUGCCACCUUUCCUGUACGUAAAAAGUUUGUCCCCCCAGAAGUCGUUCGUAAAUAUGCAUAUACCAAUUUGGGUUCCACCGUUCGAAGUUGACAGUUCGAAUCGGGGAGUUCGGCCAACAAUUAGUAUACCCAAUUCAGUUAUUGAGCAGGGUUCGGUCUUUUUUAUAGCACUUGCUUCUGUAAUAGAGGUGUGA